UUAACACAUCAAGCAACUGUUUCUUUUGCAAGUAGAGCAGUGACUAGUAACAUACUAACAAACUGCAAUGAUGCCGCUAUCUCCAUAAAAUUAUAUUUGAAUAGUCUAACAGAGAUUUGUACAGAAACCAGGCGCCUUGUCAAAUGUAUUCGUAUUCACGUUUACUUUAUUUGUCAUUUUAAUGCUUAAAUGGAAGCGUGUGGCUUAUCACUAGUUGAUUUAACCCUAACUAUUCGCACUUGAAUCCCACACGAUGCAGAGCAUAUCACUAUCACUGACAAGAACCAUCACGUGCACCACGGACUUCCAGGAACAACGAUAACAUAAGUGGUUCACUUGGCAGAAUACUGUGAGCUGGUUGCAGUAUCCUCAUUACUACCGCGCAGUCCGCGCAGUUCGAGCAUCGAGGGCGGGGCCAGCCGAAAUAAAUGUGGGGAGGGAAAACCGAAGACAACAAACCCUCGAAAUGAGCUGAUCACCUCAGCAUUUGGUCAUGGAAGAGAAGAGUCAGUGCCCUCGGCAGGGGGGCAGAGGAUCAAAGCUCACGCCCUCAGCCAUCCAACCAGAGCGGGAACGCGAGAGGCGGAGGCUCAGGGCCAGGGAGCAGAACGACGCUGUGAGCUCCACGCCGGACAGAGCCAAACGUGACGAGGCGUCGGGCGUGCCCUGCAAGGUGCCCAGGUUCCAGUACGUGGACUUUCCCUCGCUGCACCAGUGCAUCCAGCAGCUGAGCGUACCGCCGCUGGAGAGCUGGCUGUCCGGUUGCCACACGGGCAGGCCCACCCCGGGGCUCGCCCCAGCCGGCCCCAAGGAGAGGGCGCCCAAGUUCAAGUACGUGGAUUACCCCUCGCUCUACCACUGCAUCCAGCAGCUGUCCGUGCCCCCUCUGGAGAGCUGGAGCUCCGCGCUACCUCAGCCCAGGAGCGGUGAUGGCGGCGGGGCCAGGACUGUGGCGGGUAACCCCUCUCAGAUCGUCAUGGCGAGGGAGGACCAGGCCACGCAAACGGCUCCAAGCGACACGUCAGACGUGGCUCACAAGCAGGAAGGGAGCUUGGCUAUGCCCUUUCUCACCGGUGAACUGGCAGAGCGAUCGAACCCAGGACCAAACGCACCCUCAAACAAACCACAGAAAACUGCUCCACCACACAUACUUUCAUCAACCGGAACAAAAACAAGGCUUCUGAAAGGCUCUUUCGAUCAGGGCCCGUCACUGUCCGCAACGACAGAUUAUUACUCUGGACCAGUGGCGUGCUCAGACACAGACCGAACGUCAUCCCAGCUCAGUCUGAAGGCUACUCGGCCAUCUGUGAUCAGUUUGCACCCGGGAAAGGAGACGCUGCUGAAGCGUCCUCAGGGCCCACCGGCAGGCUGUCCAGACCUCCAGCAGGUGGCCAGGAGUACAUGGUCAGGGUCAGUCUGUCCCCUUUGCCAAAAGAUGUUUUCUGGUCCUGAGGAGCUUAGAGAGCAUCAAGAAAACCACUAAGACCAAGGGGGUCCAGAUGUUACUUUCUAAAGAGUAUUGCAGAGAACACUCUGAGUAUUUCCUCCAUAAGUGUUGGAGAUGCCCUAAAAGCUACUGAUCCGCUGUGCGGUCCUCCGUCCGCAGAAGAGCACCACAGCAGCACAGAACUCUGUUUCGCUGGGCGAGAGUGAGGUGGAGCUUUGGCAAUGCUGAGCACAUCGCUUUCCCUUCGCCUGAAGAUACAAACUGUCUGGAAAGAAUUUCUACAUUGUUCAAAUGACAAGUAAUUCGGUCUGUUACUUAUUGGCACUAGAGAACAGGAUCCCGACAAUGAACGUGUGUAAUGUUGUGCUUUUUAAUAACUUAAGAAAUAAUAUGAGUGUGAAAGAGUGUGCACAUUCUUUUUUGCAGUGGGCACAGGAUAAACCUUAGCUUUAAUGUUUCUUCUUGAAAGGGAUGGCAGUGUUUUGCUCGUUUACAUGCUGUUGUGGGUUGAGUGAGGGUUCGUGGCAGCAGUAUUGCUAGUGAAUGAUGUGCAGCUCGUUGCACUGGGGAUGGCUAUGUGUUCAGAGUGAGCUUGGGUGCCUCUAAACCCUGUGGCUAUUGCAAAUGCUGCAGAAGCAAAAAAAAAAAGGUCCUCUUUAUAAUUUGUUGUAUGAUCUUUUUACUCUUUGUAUUGUAAUGUUUUAUAAAUACUUGACUGCUGUUGCUUCUAGUCUAGAAUUUAUUAAAACCUCUUUUUAUUAUGUUUUCAAAUGUCUAAAAAUGUUAACUUGUGGUUGCAUUAAAUAUUUUGUACAAUUGCUUAAA